CACGUGCUUCCGUCAUUUGUUACUAUAUCUGUCACUAUACGAGCGCCUCCGUUGAACCUCGAACAUGAUGCCUGUACUCGAGGCUACGCAGCUUCGAUUAAAGGGCGUGGGGCCAGAAGAUGUCGCUCUGAUCGAGAGCCUAUCAUCUGUCCGAGGCAUCUUGAGAACACAGUCCGAGUUCUUCUCUUACGUUCAAGAUUCAAGCCUCAUCUUCAUCCUGGGUUUGUGGCCAAGCUUGCAUGCCCAUCGCGAGUUUCUAGCCUCACCUCACGCAGCUGCAGUUUUGGGGGCCCAGGAAAAGAUGCUGGACUUCGAGUCGACAGUGCACAUGGAAUUUGACGCCCCAUGA